CAUAUUUUUUUUUUCCUCAAUAGAGAAAGAAAGGGACAAAAGCUGGACGGACAUUAACUUAUCUUCGCAGGGGGGUUCGCAAACAUCACCUUUAGUAUUGUUCCUCACGCACGCGGUGUACGUGGGCAGAGGAUGCUGCGUGGAUGAGCUCGUGUGCGCAGCGUUAGCAACGGACGCAGCUUGUCAGCACACACAGACACACACACAGUUGCGGGCUGGUGAAGAGGAGAACGUUAGCUCCGCCGGAGGUUGCACCGUAAUUAUCAACGGAGAAUAAGACGAGGCCCGUGAAGUAUCAUGUAUCAACUCCCGGUGGGAAAUGUUGAGAAGAUCAGAAAGGCACGCAAGGCGGUGAAAAAUGUCCUUAGUGAGUUUGGUCUGGAAGAUUGUCAAAAACUGCUGAAGGAUCUCAAUAAAAAUGACGAGGAUGAAGAAGAUAAAGAUAAAGCCUUUCAGGAAACGGAGUGGUUUGAUUUUACAAAUGGAUAUGACACAAGACAGCAGAAAAAGCAGAAAAGGUGGCCUUAUCGGUCCCGGGCUCUGUGCUGCAGCAUGUGCAAGUACUCUUCACAAAACAUCUACAACUUCAGGAAUCACAACUCUCGCUGCCAUAGGUAUCUUCAGGGUUUCUGUGCCCUGACAGUCUGUGCUGAGUGCCUUUUUGUCGGCCACCCCAAGGUUGUCAGGAAGCACAUGCUGCUCUUUCAUUCCAAAUCCAACACCCAUGUACAAAUACCACGGGAUACAUCGUUACCCACCCAUCGUGGAAAUGAGAGGUAUCAGUGUCGAAGAUGUGGAUUACCAAACUCUUCUAUCUUUGCAAUGAAGAAGCACAUUAUUCUCAAGCACCUGAACAGUUUGGCAGAACAGUUUAUAGGUUACAGAUUAACUCAUCAAGGAGCUACUACUGCAAAGGUCUACUGCUGCAAAGUGUGUAAGGUAAACAUAGGAAAUCUGGACCAAAUGUUGCAUCACAUGCUGGUUGAGCCAUCCCACUAUACAGUCAGCACACAGGUGCAGGGCCUGAUUCACGAGAACAAGAACUACACCAUCAAACCAACACCUAAUGGAAACGGUUUGUUUGUGACAUUCCCAAGUAUUGCUCCGAAACCACAGCAUGCUCAGAUAAUCAACGGUAAGCCUUUGGUGAUACCCAACAAUGGCCAGGCUACUGGGACGGUAGUGGCUUUACAGCAAUUACAAGGAGCUACAAACAGUGCUACUCUGAUAUGUGCCCCUGGUACCAACCAAGCUUUUCUGCCCCCUCAAGCAUCAGCGCUAGUACAGCUGGCUAGCGCUGAGGCUAAAGGUUUGCUCCAGCCUGGUGCCACAAUAGCGCUGCGAAGUACUUUAUCCCAAGGAACAUCUAUAGUCCAACUUCCCACUGGGUCGAAUGUGUCUCUGAAUCAGGCAUCACUGGCUCUGGCUCCUGCUACACUUCAAUCACAACAGACCCCACAAGCACAGCAACUCCUUGUACCAUCAGGGAUACAGGCCAGUGUGGCAGCUGGAACUGUGGCUGUAGCAAAUCCUGCUAUGGUCACACAAAAUAUAACACAUCAAUUCCCCCUACAAGGUACCAUGCUGACUUCACAGUCUCUGCUGAAUCACUUGAUUCCAACUGGCAACAGGGUGAAUGGCAUGCCCACAUACACGUUUGCUCCAAUGCAAGUAGCAGCACCUACCUCUCAGAGCACAGGUACCCCUCUCAAAGCUGUGGAGCAAAAGAAAAACUCCAUACCACAAACGAAGAAAUGGAUUACCUGUCCUCUCUGCAAUGAACUUUUCCCUUCCAAUGUGUUUGACAUACAUACAGAGGUUGCCCAUCAGACAAAAUCCGCUACAUCCAAGUCAGAAAGUGUGGCAGCACGGGCAUCAUUCUUGAAGAAAAUGCCUGACAAAACGGUCAAAUGUCUAGCAUGCAAAACUCUCCUGUCAGAAAAAAGCGUCUUCCAACACUUGCUGCAUGGCCUGAGUUGCUUGAACUGCUCAGCAUUGUUCUUUUCAAUCAAACAGUUAGUUGAACAUGUAAGGCAGCACAGUCCCUCAAACAAGUCAAACUGUGAUUUCCUAAGGCAGAAGUACAGGGUCUACUCAAAAGGUGAUGGUGGAAUUUUAUUCCCUCACUUUGAUGUCCAAACUACUGCACCAAAAGAGGUGCUCGGAGACUGUGAGGUCAAUCUUGCCCUGGUUACACGUGCAUUCGAUCUGAUCUACUUCAAAGUACAGCCAAGCAACCAGCAAGAAAUCUGUCCGGCACCUGUAAAACUCAACGGUGCGUACUGCCCUUUCUGUGAUGAAAGGUUUCAGAAUGAGUCCAAGCACCUUCAGCAUUUGAGACAGAAACACUUUGUAGCACCCACCAUUCAUGCCAUCCUCAGGACGGAGGCUUUCAAGUGCAUAUAUUGUAACGGAGUGUACACAGGAAAGGUCACCCAGCAGGCUGUAAUGCUCCACAUUCAACGAUGCCGCUGUUCACCAAAACCACCACAGCCGCCACCCAAACCUCCUGUGGCAGCACCAGCGCCAGCUCAGCAGCCUCCAAAACCAGCUCAGCAGCUCAUUCAACCAUCCGGACUCUAUUUUGUCCAAGUACCACAGGGGAUGACCCUGAAACAGUCUUUAACUCCAGUCCGUGCAAUUCAGCCCGCACCCAAAGCUCAAGAAUCGGAUGCAGAAAUUCAGUCGAAGAAGAGGCUGGAGGCUGCACUGAGAAAAGUCAUUGAGGACAACAAACGAGAACGAGAACAAAAAGCAGUCAUGCGCAGGAAGCGAGAACAGGCAAAGUUGAUGCCGCCACCGAAGCCCGAAGUUCUGGUCAACCCUGUAGUGAAGCUAGCUUUAGAGCCCACACCAGCCGUGCUGCGUGACAUUGAUGAGCGCAGAGCUUUUAUUUCUAAAUACUUCAACCGGAACCCGUACGCAAGCAAACCUGAGACUGAAAAACUGUGCAAGAGGCUGAAUAUGAGCAAAUCAGAUUUGCUAACCCACUUUAGCAAGAGGCGCAGCAAGUGCAUGAAAAGCCUCAAGAGGAACAGGAUUAAUGUUCUCCUCGGCUUCAGUAUGAACGAAAUGAGCAAACUUAAGCACAAUCUCCUGAUCCCACAACUGCAGCCUGCAGAGCUCACAGAGAAGCAGCAGCAGCAGCAGCCUGUCGAUGCCACAGUGCAGCUGGAAAAAAGUGAAGAAGCACCUGAACCUAUGGAUGAAAGUGUGAGUGAGCAAGUCACCGACAAAGUGGAGCAGAUGGAAUGAGUUAGGAAAUAUAAUUCCGAUGCAGAUCUCGCCGAUUGAAAACAAGAUUGAAACCUAGAUACUUAAACGAUGGCCUUUUUGUGUUGACAGUCAAAAGUUUAUGUUGUGGAAGAGAGUAUUUCCCAACAGACACAAUUAUCUGGGGGCAAGUCUUCUUUUUUUUAAUGUAGUCUUCAUAAUAGUGCUUCAUUUGACUUCAGUAUGUUGUUAAUGGCUGAUGCCCUAAUUUUACAUAAAACCGCAGAGCCAUGUUGUGAUACUUGCUAAUAUAUAUAAAACACAAGAUGUAUAAACACAAAGAAGAUACAGAUGUAUUAUGGUGCAGACUGCUGUGCUGCCUUAGCAUUUAUCUGAUCACAAUAUAUUAUUCAACCUACUGACUUCAAUAUAAGCACUGAUUUGUGCCUGGAAGCUGCGUUUGUUGCACCCUUUUUAUUUAAAACCCCUUUGUACUGAAUUGUGAUUUCAUUUUCUUCUCUGCUUUUCACUAUAUAGAGUUGGAUUAUAACAUUAUUUUUUUGCCUUUUGUUACAUAUUUGGACCUAUUUCAUUCAUGUGCAUGACCUCAUUAUUUUUUCCUCAUUGACGUGUGUCAGUUUGUUUGUUUACACCAUUUCCCUCUCUAUAUUUAGACCGUUAAAAAAGGGGAGUGUUGUUUUUUCACCAGUUUCCCACCGUCUAUGGAUUUGCUAGGUUCCUUGGGAUAAUGAGCACUUGGUUAUUAUUAAACGUUGCAGAUGUUACUUGCCUGAUCCACUGUUUUACUGUCAAAUAUUUUUAUUUGAGCCACUGUGGAGUCUACACAUUUGCAACAUUGUGGAAAUUUAAAGCUGCUGUCAGUGAUAUAAGCUGCUGUUAGCAUUCCUACUCCCCUCACUUCACCUCACCAACGUGUUUGAUCAGAAGGGAUUCAUUAACCGAAAACCUGCCUGACCUUAUGAGCAGAGAAGACAGUCUCUUUGUGAAGUUCUGGCCCCGGAUUGGAUGAAUUGUUGUGGAAUAUUCAAAAAGUUCAUUGUUGGAGCUCUUAAACUGAUCAGCGAUAGAAAUAAUUUCACUGACGACAGCUUUAAACUUUAUAUUCAACAAAACAAACCAUGAUGUUGAGUGAAGUGAUUCUUUUUUUUUUUGUACCAUAAUUUUUUAUUCCAUUAUUUUUCUAUAAGUACUAGAGGAUCAAACUUGUUGGGAAAUGCAUUUUCAUUCUAUCCAAGACAGUUGUGUUGUAAAAAAAUAAAUAAAUAAACAUGUUUCCUUCCCAUAA